AUGUCCGCUCGACCGCGUGAUGAGGCUCACCCAGCCGUCGCCCACGCUUAUCCUCCGCCUCAACCACAACCCCACGCCCAACCAUACCGCACCAUCCUCGCUACUUUUGCAGCCUGGAAAUUCUUCCUUCUAGCCCUCUCCCUCGGUAGCAGUCUUGUCGGCGAUACCUACGACACCUCGGCCGGGCUGUUUCUGCUCGACGGUCAGUUGGGCAACGGCAACGGCACCGAUAACAGCACUGGUACCGGGAGUGGGUUUGGAACAGGGAAAGUGACGGGAUUGGUUGCCCGGUUGUGCAGCUGGGAUGCUAUCUACUACGUCAGUGCUGCUCGCCAUGGGUACCGGCUAGAGCAGGAGUGGGCGUUUGGGGCCGGGCUCCCAACUGUGGCCCGUAGUUUGCUGAAGGUCCUCACCUCCCUCGGCAUCCUCGGUACCUCACCCCCACUCUCACCCACCACCCCCGAAGCAACACCCACCGUCAGCCUUCUCCCCGAGGCCCUCGCCAGCAUCCUCAUCGCCAACACCGCCCACCUACUCGCCGCCCUGGUCCUCUACCGACUCGGCCGAACCAUCCGACACAACCAAACCCAGUCUCUCCUCGCCGCCCUCCUCCACAUCUUCUCGCCCGCGGGCCUCUUCCUCUCCACCCCCUACAGCGAAAGCUCCUUCGCCCUGCUCGCCUUCACAGGCUACCUCCUCUUCGCCCUCGGCUCCCAGGCCGACGGCGCGGCUAGCCCCACCCGCCGGGACCUCUCCACCAUCGCAGCAGGCGCCUUCUUCGGACUCGCCACGGCCUUCCGCAGCAACGGCAUCCUCAACGGUCUCCCCUUCGCCUGGGAGGUCCUGCGCAACCUGCCGCGGCUGGCCCAGCAACCCGUGGACACCCUCCGGCGACUGGCGGCGCUGGGCGUGGGCGGCGUGCUGGUGGCGGCUGGAUGGCUCGGUCCGCAGGCCGUGGCGUAUUCGCAAUACUGCCACGCGGUGGACGACCCGCGGCCGUGGUGUGAGGGGUAUUUGCCGAGUAUUUUUACGUUUGUGCAGCAGCAUUAUUGGAACGUCGGUUUCCUCCGCUACUGGACCCUCCCCAACCUCCCCCUCUUCUUCCUCGCAGCCCCAAUGCUUACCAUCCUCGCCACAUCCGCUGUAUCCCACCUUAAAACUAACCACCACACUCAAACUCACACUACCACCACCAAACACACCAACAACACCAACACCGCCAACACCACCAAAAACACCAACCACACGAACAACACCACCAACAACAACAACAAUGACACCCUAACAACCGCCCGCCUCCAAGCCCUCCUCCACGCAGCCGCCUCCGCCGAACUGCUCCUCUCCCUCCUGGCCUUCACAACGUACCACGUACAAAUCAUCACGCGUAUCUCCUCCGGCUGUCCCGUCUGGCACUGGUGGUUAGCCGGACGUCUUGUGCAGGGAGAAGGAGACAAGAAAGGAGGAACGCGGAUCGUCAUGUUCAUGGUAAUUUACGCUUGUAUUCAGGGCGUGCUUUUCGCUACGUUUCUUCCCCCGGCGUAA